CAGCCUACUACAACAGCGCAUUAUCAUAACAGUGUUGAGAUUUGUUGUUUGCGAAUAGUCUGUCUCAUAUGACCAAUCGUGUUUCAGAGGGGCGGGAAGCGCCACGCAGUCUCUCUGUAGCUAAGGUGGUUGAUUCUCCAGGAGGGAGUGGGAUGUGGAGAGAUGUGUUUAUAGCUCUGAAUGUCGUUCAGUUCUCAGUCAAGCAUCACGUGUAAUUGAAGAGAUUCCUUGCGGAUUUUCUUGCGGUAGCCUACCUAUAAAGAGAAUUACCAAGUAGAAGAGAGACGCGCAUUCCGACCCUCUCAUCACUUUUGUCGUCUCACCUGCACAAGCGGUGAACAGGAGAGGUACCUUAUCAUGGAUCAGGAGAAAUGCUUACCGGAGCUGAUGGCCGAGAAAGAUACGCUGGACUCCUCAUUUGUUCAUGCAAUGCGUCUGCUUGCCGAAGAAAUUGAAAAGUAUGAGGGGGAUGAGUUGAGAAAAGACGGUGACGUCAAGAAAUACCUUGAUGUCAUCAGUAACAAAAACAUCAAGCUCUCGGAGAGAGUACUCAUCCCAGUUCAACAGUACCCAAAGUUUAAUUUUGUUGGGAAGCUGUUGGGUCCACGGGGCAAUUCCAUGAAAAGAUUACAAGAAGAAACAGGAGCAAAGAUGUCCAUCCUCGGAAAAGGAUCCAUGAGGGACAAAGGAAAGGAAGAAGAGUUGAGGAAAAGUGGAGAGGCCAAGUAUGCCCAUUUGAGUAACGAUCUCCACGUUUUAAUUGAAGCCUUCGCUCCUCCCGGAGAGGCCUAUUCCCGCAUGAGCCAUGCCUUGGAGGAGAUUAAGAAAUUCCUAGUUCCAGACUACAAUGAUGAGAUCAGACAGGAGCAGCUGAGGGAGCUCUCCUACUUGAACGGAGGAUCAGAAGACACCAGCAGAGGGAGGACUGUACGUGGGCGGGGCUUACGACUGGCUUCCACCACAAACACACGGGCACGGGGUGGUGUGGCCCCACCCCCUCCACCAGUCAGGGGGGCAGCUGUACCCAGGGGAACAGUGGGUAAGCGGAGUGUCCUGCCACAAGCCACAUUAACGCGAGGAGUACCUGCUCCCAGGGCCAGGGGAACAGCAGGGAACACCGGGUACAGACCCCCACUGUUACCCAUCACACACGAAUCAUACGACGACUACGGCUAUGAUGAUGGGUAUGACGGUGAAUAUGAUGACCAGAGUUAUGAUGCCUAUGAGGAGAACUACAGCAAUCAGUCAAAGAGCAUUUCUGAAUAUUACGAAUAUGGCCAUGGAACCAAUGACGAAGCCUACAACAACUACGAAGAGGAGUGGACUACAACCCGUCCGACACUCAAAGCCCCAACAACAAGGCUCUCACGAGGGGGCUACAGAGAACAUCCCUAUGGAUUUGUCCACAAAUGAAGCACAUAGCUACAGUAGAUGACCCUUAACCUUUCACACAGUGUCUCUAUGAUUUUCUUGACAACGUGGGCUCUUUUUUUAGAACAACGAGCAGAGAAAACAAAAGAGAGACACUUGUGUUUCAAUAAGCUACAUUGUAACGUUGUUCUUGGUUGUCCAUAAUUGUUUGUCCCUCAGAAAAGAAAAGCAUGAAGUUGUCACAGAACUUGAUGCUUCAUGAUACCCCUUAGUGAACUUUGAUUUCAUCAGGGUGACAAUAGGAUGCUACUAUUGAGUGAAGUUAACCAAGUUUAUAAAUUAUUUUUUAAAUAUUUGUUAUGAUGUUAGAAUUUGAUCUUGUAAAACUAAUUUAAAUGUUUUGUGUUGGGGUUGAAAGCAAUCAGCUAUGUUUGUAGCUUACUACAAGUGCUCUGUUCUGUGUUUAACUUGUAUUUGUAACUAAAAACGUAUAUUAAAAAGACCAUAAAGCACCAUGUGUAAGCUUCUCUAAAUAGGUGGCCAUAAAUUGGUAAAUUUGUUUUUCCAUAAUUUGUUAAUAAAGCUGAAACUUUUGGGUAAAAACAGAAACAUUUGAAGUACUUGUUUCUAGCACUAAAUGCCUGCUUGGUUUCAGGUCAUUGCUAAAAAUGUUGUUUUUUUUAUAUACAGAAAGUCCACAAAAAAUGACAUUUCGAGACUUUCCCAGACUUGUCUUUCGUAAUUUCUGUGCAACAGUAUAGAUAACAUGCAUUAACACGAUAAAGAAUCUUUUGUUAAAUAAUUUCAAAGUAAGAUAUAAAUUGUUCCUUGAAUCUUGGUUAGUCAUAUUAAAUGUAUAAUGUUUAGACUAAUAAAUGGAUUUUUAACCUA